GGGGGAGAGCCCUUGAAAGCGCCGUCCAACACGUGAGGCUCAUGUGAUGGACUUCACAGUUGCACAGUGUGUUUGGAGACGAGGGACGUGCCAGGAGUCACAGGACUUGUUCCACACGUAGGCAUCGAGCCACACGCCCGCCCAUUCCUCAGUCGGACCAAGCAAACCAGCCUUGGUCAGUCGUAACGGCGCUCCAGUGCGCACACCCAGAAGGAGACGAACGCGCGUCCCCCCAAGAGACGCACGAGAUAUUACGGAAUUUUGGGGAUAUUUUUUUCCCACCUCGGAUUAGUUUCUGUUUGUUGUAUGCUUUUAGUAAUUUGACGUUUUGCAUUUGAGCGACAUGGAAGGAAUUACGAGGGCGCAACCGCCACACUUUGUGCCCAAAUCUCCAUCCCUGGAUAUCGCUGACAUGCAGGGGAUGGAUUAUCCAAUGUACGUGUACAAGUCAAGAAGGGGACUAAAACGCGGCGAUGAGAGCAGGGAGACCUACAAGUUGCCACAUCGACUAAUCGAAAAGAAAAGACGAGACAGAAUCAACGAAUGCAUUGCUCAGCUCAAAGAUUUGCUGCCGGAGCACCUUAAGCUUACAACGCUGGGUCAUUUGGAGAAAGCGGUGGUGCUGGAACUCACUCUGAAGCACGUGAACGCCUUGAACACCCUGCUGGAGCAACAGCAACAGAAGAUCAUAGAGCUGCAAAAAGACCUGCGAAUAAGUGACCAUGGCGGUGACGACCCAGAGGUCAGCGAGCAGAUGUUCCGUUCGGGUUUCCACCUAUGCGCAAAAGAGGUCCUCCACUAUCUGGCUCGCCGAGACAACAGUCAGGACCUGAUGCCAUCCCAUGUCAUCAGCCACAUCCACAAAGUCGCCUCGGAGGUCCUACAACAUCAGAGCGACGAGCGCGUCUUUCAGAGUUCGGAGAAACUGAAGAAACCCGCAGAGCAGCCCUCCGGUGCCACCGAGGGCCCGUCCAAGAACUGCGUUCCCGUCAUUCAAAGGACUUACCUGGGCGGGUUGGGCGAGCAGAGCGGCAGCGACACAGACACUGACAGCGGCUACGGGGGCGAGCAUGACAAACGUGUCCCGAAAAGCCGGUGGUCGGACAGCCACAGAAAGGAGGGGGAGCUCAAGCGCAGCCCGUCCGAGCACAGGCCUGAUGACGUCGAGCACGAGGGCGGCGAGCCUCGGGCAAAGAAGUUGCGCUCUGACUCCUCUGAGGACGAAAGCCUUUCCGGUCCUCCGGCAGGCGGCCUCAUGGCUUUCACGCCCAACCAGCACCCGCUCUGCCUCCCUUUCUAUUUCAUUCCGCCCGCAGCCGCGGCGGCCUACCUGCCCAUGCUGGAGAAGUGUUGGUAUCCCGGCGGCAUGCCAGUCAUGUACCCAGGCAUGAGCGCCUCUGCUGCCAGCUUAGCCCCAGAGACGCUCUCCCCACCUCGAGUCAUGUCCCAAGGGUCUCCGGUUCCACGCCAAAGCCCCACGGACUCCCCUGUACUCCACAAAGCUUUAAAACAAGUCUCGGCGUUAAACUUGGAAACCGUAGAGUAAGCAACUUUGGCGCCCACCCGUUGCAUGACUCUGAAACACUGUGAAUCCGCAAGAAUGACUGUGCACGAGUUUAGCAGAGACCUUUGCUGCACUCUGCUGAAUAUCAGAGAUUCAUCCGGAAUGUAAGGGACAGAAGAUCCCACCCCACAACAGCUAGAUACAGAAGGCUAUAUAUGUUUAGAACUGUCUAUUUGCACACACACACACACACACACACACACACACACACACACACACACCAGUCUACGAUGAAUGUAAAGAUUAAACAAAAGGCCCUUGUUCUUUUAGUAGAUGCUGCUUGGACUCAUUCGAUCUGCUGAAGAUCCAGGAAUAACAGACCUACUUUUUUUUUUUUAAACAAAAUUCCUUUUCACGUUGACCACAAUAUAUCACUCAUCCUCCGGCUGUGUGGGGAGAUCAACUCAUGAGUGUUUGUAAAGAAUUCAGGGCGUUGUCACUGUUUGAGGUGUGUCACUCAUGAUGCGUUGAUGUGAGCAUACUUGCUUUUAUGAUUUCCUCGUGACAUCUGAUUGAUGCGCGCAUCUAAAUUGGUCUCCCAUGAAGUCGUGUCCUUUUUUGUUCAUGCAACCGUCUACAUUUUUAUUUUUGAUACGUGACCCAAUGAGUGUAUUUGCGUCGCCACCCGAGGAGGGAUUCUGGUAGUCAUGUGCCGUAUGCCAAGCGUGUAGAUACGUCGUUGUUGUUUUCAACCCAACUUGUGUCGUCUGUCAAAUUCCAGAUCAAACCAAGCCUGAUCUCCAUUCAUGGUGUUGCCUUUGACGCAUUUUGUCCAGACACACUGAUUGAUUUGUUUGCUUUAAAAUGUCGUGUCUGUGGCAAAAAGAGUGAAUGUAAAGUUGAGACAAAGUCGUUUUCUAUAGAAAGAGGUACUUGGAAUUUUUAUUUUGAAAUGUAACAGGAUUGUUGGUAAGAUUUUUGUAAAAUAUUAUUGAUAUAUAUUAAAGUGAUAAUAAAGCUUUUUUUCCAAC